AUGAUUUUGAUUCAGAGGCAUGGCACUUUUCAAGCGAAGAGGAAGAAGAGGAGGCAAAUCAACACAGUAACCCUCAAAAUCAGGAUGGAUUGUGAAGGCUGUGGACAUAAAGUCAAGAACGUACUCUCCUCCAUCAAAGGGGCGAGAUCAGUGGAGGUGGACUGGAAAAAACAUAAGGCGGCAGUCACCGGAUUUGUGGAUUCUAAGAAAGUGCUAAAGGCGGCAAAGAAGACGAAGAAGAAAGUGGAGCUGUGGCCAUAUGUCCCGGUCGAGCUAAUGGCCCACCCUUAUGCGAUGGGAGUUUACGACAAGAAAGCGCCUCCUAAUCUUGUGAGGCGGACUUACGAGCCGGGAGUGGCGACUCUAGACCCGGUCGAAGAAAAAUAUUCCCUCAUGUUCAGUGAUGAAAAUCCUCAUGCAUGCUCCAUUAUGUAG